GUACCCGUGGUGCAAUAAAUCGCGUUCGCUAACGGCCUCCAAAUAAGGUCCACAGUAUAGUGCUAAAGCGCUGCUUCCUUUGCUCAGAAAAGUGGCAAUAGACGUGUGUGCGCAUGUGUGGCUUUAUUCGGAAGACACCCAAAGUUCGAUAAAACAUUUAAAUUGCCAUCGUUAGGAAGUGUACCCAUUGCAAGCAGGAACCAUUCGAAGAGUUCGAAAUAUUGUAGAGUAAAUAACAUCCCACCGACGAGGACAAUGAAGCUGCAUCAACCUCAACAAUUCCUAGCCCUGCUCGGAGGACUGACCCUGGUUCUCUGCAUGGUUGAUCGUAUAACCGCCGCCAGCGGCGGACUUCUUGGGGGCGGUGGUGGUGGUGUCGGUGGUGGAAGUGGUGGCAGUGGUGGUGCUCGAGGAUCGGGUAUGUACAACUAUGGCACCUACGGCGGAAUGGGAGGAACGGGUAGCAUCAGCGGUGGCGGGAUGCGCCGAGGAGCUGGCGUGUACGGCCCGGUUGGCCUUGGAAAUCCGCACGACGCACCGCGAUAUUUGCAUUCUGGCCAGGACGGCACCGCAGCGACGAAGGGUCCCAUGUCUGCUAAAUCUGGCCACCAUCGACUUUCGGCCUGGGGAAUCAUUACGAUUGUUACAUUUGUCAUUCUGAUCGGUGCUGGCGCGUACUGGGGCUUUAUCUGCUACCCGUUCUUCUGCAAGAAGGAACGCAGCUACAACAUGAUGAUGAACAUGUCGUCGGCGACCACCGCCACACCGUCAACGCGAUCGACCGAGUUCGAGAAACUCGAUCACUGCUGCUCUAAAUCGACCACCUCCACCCGCAGCAAUGAUACGGGAAUUAGCAACAUCUAAGGAAAGUUCCGACACUUAUCGCCAGCAUUCCUGCAAUACAUUUACAUGACCACUGCAACACCGGAUAGAAGUAAUGGAUCCUCUGUAUAUUCUUAUGAUUAGGCCAUGAUAUAGCUUAUACAACGGAUAGCACAAGGAAUAGCUCUUUUCGCCAACGAAUCUUUUCGAUUAGAAUAUGACACAAAACGAACGUGCUUAUUGCUCUUACUACCGUGAAUGACUAUUUUCCAAUGUCAAAAGAAUUUCUUUUGAGUGACUGAUUUUUCGUCAUUUAGCAGCUUAUUUUUCUCGUCGUGACAAAUUUAUAGUGAUUGCAUUUAUCUACUUAGAUAUAACGAUAACGAAGCAUACACCUUCUACUACUAAAAGUGAUAGCUUGCGGAACGGUAAAGUAGUACAUUGAAAAUAUUAGCCGAAUAGAUAGAAAAAAAAAGUAUUGAAAAU